AUGGAGGCAGAAAAAGAAGAAUUUGUGCUGCUUUGUCGCAUUCGAUGUAAUUUAAUCAACGUAUACGCUUAUGAUGAUGAUCUUGAUGCAGAUGAGAUUCGUCGUUUAGGUAAACGUUUUAAGAAAUUGGACUUAGAUAAUUCUGGUGCGUUAAGUAUUGAUGAGUUCAUGUCACUGCCGGAAUUACAACAGAAUCCAUUAGUGCAGCGGGUGAUCGACAUUUUUGAUGCAGAUGGAAAUGGCGAGGUGGACUUCAAAGAGUUUAUUCACGGUGUUUCGCAGUUUAGUGUAAAAGGUGAUAAAUUAUCAAAGCUUAAGUUCGCUUUUCGCAUCUACGAUAUGGAUAACGACGGCUUCAUAUCAAACGGCGAAUUAUUUCAAGUAUUGAAAAUGAUGGUUGGAAGCAAUCUGAAAGACGCCCAACUUCAGCAAAUAGUUGACAAGACAAUUGUGUUUGCCGAUAAGGAUGAGGACGGUAAAAUAUCAUUCGAUGAGUUCUGUUCGGUUGUUGGCAACACUGACAUUCACAAAAAGAUGGUCGUCGAUGUUUAAUUGUUUCUCUUACCUGUCGAUUCAAAUCAUCAUCCACAGCAACAACCACCCCCGCCGCAAUUCGCUUCAAACUAUCGUUCUCUUCAUCGAUUCUGUCGUGCGUUCGUUUAAUGUCCACAAAAUGAAAAAAAAAAAUUAAAGAAGAAAAAGAAAACUAUUCGUUAAAAAUCUCAUGAUCAUCAUAAUCAUCGCCAAUCAUUAAAGUCAUCAUCAUUAUUAUCAUCAACAUAACUAUCAUCAAGUAAACAACGUUUAAUUAAUUCUUAUUAAAAGUGAAAAUGAAGAAAAGAAAAAGAAUUAACUUAUUGAAACUUUAAGGAAGAAAACAAAAAUGUUUAGAAAAAAAAAAGUCUUUUUUAACUUGUUCUUUAAGCUUAAGUCCAGAAUGAUAAGAAAGAUGAUAAAGUGAAGAAAAAGAAAUAUUGAAAUUAAACAUUAUAAAAGAAAGAUAAGAUGAUGGAUGAAAAGAAUGAAAACAUUUAACUGAUAAGGGAUAUUACAAAUAUUCUAAGCACUUUUUAUCCUAUCUUUGAGAUGAGAAAUAUUUUAAACCAAAUCGCUUAAGCAGCGAAUUCUAACGAAGCUUCUUGAAAAUUCUUUUAUCUCACUUAUAAUACUAAAAUCUACAAAGAAUUAAGUUCGAUUGAGCGGCGCAUGAUGAAAGAUGCUGAUAAAAUGACAAAAAGAAAUAAAUAUCUAACAAUUACUUUCUUAGAAUUCUCUGCUUAAAGAUAUUCAUUUCUUUGUGAUUCCAAUGCAUCCAUCAUCGUAAUUUAUUCAAAUUGAAGUUUUAAUGGAUUCAUUUUCUUUUACGAAAUUGUAAAUUUGUAAUUUUUCUUAACAAUUAUUCUUUCUUAUCAUUUUUGUUAAUAUAUUUUGCAAUAUUUUUGUUCAUUGAUACGAUAAUUUAUAAGUCUUAUCAGUUGUGGCAAUAAUAAGUUGAUUACGCGAUAAGAUGAUGUUUAAAAUCUCCUUAAAAUGGUUGUUGAUGGUUUUUUUAUACAGAUAUAUAUUUUUAAUUGAUUUACAUUUUGUAUAUCGUUAUCAGUUGUAAGUUUUUUUCUUAAUUUUAUUUUAUAUUUUAUUAAAUUUUGUGUCCGAAGAAAAACUUGCUUUAGCAACAAUUUGUGCCAUUCAAGUUUAUUUAUUACGAUUAUACUUCUCCUGCACGGAUUCAAUAUAUCGGAAUCACCUCGAGACAACACAAACGUUUAUUGCGAAGCUUCUAAAGACGCCUCCGCAUUUUCGCAUCUCACAUGUUUAUAGCGUCACAAAAUCAAGAGAAGAAUGAAAGGAAAUAUCAUCCGAUGAAUUGAAUUCAGUUAACAUUUAAUGUUUCGAGUAGAAAGGAAAGAAUGAAGAAUAAAUUCCUCUUGCUCUCUGCUGGUGAUAGAUGAAAAAUUGAAUUUCAAUGUUUCAUUCUCAUUGUCUUCGGGCACAAUUCACAAUCAUAUUGGAUUUGUUGUCUUUCAUACACAUAAUAAUAUAACAUUCGUGAAGUUUCGCGUUUGUUCUUUUCUUUUCCUUCAUUCUAAAUUUUUAUUCUAUUUAACACGUGAGAUUGCAGAUUCUGUUCCCUCCAACAAAUACGCAAAGAAAAUACUUUAAAAUAUGAUCAAAACAUGAAGAAGAAAGGAUAAACAUAACGUUGUGCAAAUAUUCUCUUUUCGCCUUUUAUUGAAAAUAUAAAUGUGAAAAUAAACAAUGUUCAUAAAUGGAAGUUUCGCAAUUUUUUCCACCCUUAAAGAUUUCUUUUUUCUUUUCUUUGAGUUCUCUCGAAAGCUUUUUCGUUCGACUUUUGAAUGUUGAAAAAUUAUACAAAAAUAAAAAAGAAAAAUAAGAAAAUUGUGAACAUAUUUUUUAAAAUGCAACAUGAAAAAGAAACAAAAAAAAAACAAAAAAAGUCAAGUCAAAAAAUUAAGAAGAAAAAACAAAUGAAUUAAACUUUCUGUGAAGUAAAAGUCGUGCAGUGAAUGAAGAAAGCAUACAAUCACACGACAAACACUCACAACAAAAAAAAAAUGUUAAAAAGCAAUUUAAAACUUUUUAUUCACGACUUUUCUAUUUUAAUGUUCAUAAAUGAAAAGAAAAUGGAAUUAAAAGUUAUUAUUAUAUGAAAUUUAACAGUGAAAAAAAGAAUCAUUCUACGACUGUUAGGCUGAUCAUUUGCAUCAGAGAAUUCUUUAAGAAGAGACAAGAACAAAAGGUUUUUUAUGACUGUUCAAAUGCAAGAAGAAGUGGCACUAGAUUAAGUUAAAAUUAAUGCUACAAAAAUCUAGUACAAAAUAAGCAUUAUUAAUACAAGAAAAGAAAAAUUUAUUGUUUGUCUAGUACUAGAUCAUGGUGGUAGUAGAUUAAGUUAAGAUUAAUGCUACGUAAUUCUAGUACAGAACAAUCAUCAUCAAAUCAAUUUCGUUUUUCAUCUCCACCCUUAAGAUUUCUCUGAUCAAUCAACUUAAUCAUUGAAUUGAUUGCGUAAAUUCUAACCACAGUAAAAAGAAGGAAACUCUUCUUGUUUUCUUCUUCUCCGUUAAUUUCACAGCAUAAAAGAGAAAAUGAAUGAAAAAAGGAAAACUGAAAUUAAAUAUUGAUGAGAAAUGAACCAUUAAAAUGAAUCUAUUACUAUACAUAAAACAUAAUUAUUAAAAGGUAAUGAGAUAAAUAUUUGAAAUUUGAUUAAAUAUUACUUAAAGUGAAAAAAACAAAUGAAACAUAUAUUUAAAUUAACUAAUUUUAACCCUUGAAAAAAGAAAAAAAAACGAUGAUAAGAAAAAAAACAUGCAAAAUAUUAUGAUAAAAGAAAACUCUUUAUAUACUUUAUAGAAUUUCUAUUAAACUUUCUAAUUGAAGUCAACAUCAAAGAAGUUAAUAUAAUGAGCAUCAAAUUCUAGAAAGUAAAAAAAACUAUAACUAACUUCUUUAAUGAAGCGCGUCCUUUUCUCUUGCUGUAUGCAUGAGAUUGACGAAAUGAAUCAUUCAUAGAUAGAAAUCCUUUUAAAAAUAUUUAAUCAAAGGUUUCAAUGUCGCCCUCAUUUUAAGAAAGUAAGAGUCGUUGGGAAGUCAAUAAACAACAAAGGAUGGUGGCUGGAAGAUGAAAAGAAAUUCAACUUCAUGCAUGAAUGCUGAAGCUUAUGCGACUCGAUAAAACAAAAAUCUAGUCAAACACAUUAAAAAGAUUAAAUUUGUGCUCGAAGUCGACGCUCGUAUGACAUUACUCUCUUAUCUUCCACCACAUCCUCUUGUUUUCUUUCGCUUUCACUUCUCUCCUGACGGGUGCCGUUAGCAUCAUGACCUUUUCGAUAUUUUCUUUAUGAUGAUAAAAAAGACAAAAAAAAGUUAUUUUUCCUCAUUUUCUUAAAAUUAAUUUUCAAGCGGGACGCUAUGUGAGCUGACAUUAAAAUCUUAUCACGAUAGCAUGAAUCUAAUCAGCGCGGUAAGCAAAUUGUAUCGUAAUUAGAUUUUGUCACUUCAAUAGCCUCUUCUCUGCUUUGUUCUCUUUUGACUUAAUCUUUAUAUCUUCCCCUUAUUUAUCAUCUUCUAUUUAAUGGAGAUACAAUCUUUUCUUUAUAUGACACUGACGAGAAAAUAAAAUUAAAUUUUAAAAAUGCAAGAAAUGAAAGAAAAAAAUAUUAACUUAAACACACAAACACACACUCACAGUGAAAAAUAAAGAAACUUUUAAUUCGUUGUAUAAUUAAAUCAAGAAAUAUGAAAUUGUAUGUGGUUAGCUUAAUUAAAGAAAAAUGAUGAAACAGAAACAAAAGAAGAA